UUACAAGACAUACGAAACUCAGAAAGUGCAGUGAUCCUUUAAGACCUGCCUCAGCGAGAUCAAACGCUCCGCUGUGCUUAUAGAUCAAAUGUAUGUAGAGAAAUUGGUUGCAAGUGCCGAGGCUGCUGUAGAUGAAGUCGUCAGGCGUGGAGUGGCUCAUCCAAGCAAAACCGCUGUUGGUGGACACUCUUAUGGAGCGUUUAUGACUGCAAAUCUCCUUGCUCAUGCUCCUCAUCUUUUCUCCUGCGGAAUAGCUCGAUUUGGCGCUUACAACAGAACACUAACGCCAUUUGGUUUCCAGAACGAGGACCGGACACUGUGGGAAGCUACUAACGUCUAUGUCGAGAUGAGCCCAUUCAUGUCUGCCGAUAAAAUCAAGAAGCCAAUCUUGCUCAUCCAUGGUGAAGAAGACAAUAACCCAGGAACUCUAACAAUGCAGUCGGACAGAUUCUUCCGCGCUGGACCGAGAUACUGUGGGUUGACGUUUUGA